UGGUCGGUAAGGCAGGAAUCUGUAAAGAAGGGAUUUGUUUUGACAGUAUCCUGACAGUUGUGCGUUUCCUGGACUUUAUAACCAAAAUAUUAGCUAAAUGCUGUAAAAUAUAUUUCGAAAGUUCUUGAAUUUUCGAGCGAAACUCAGAGAGGAAGUGAUGUGCUAAGUGAUGAGUUAAGAAGUAUGAUGAAUCACUGAAUACAAUAGCCUAAAUGAAGGAAGGGCUAUAAUUUGCUGUAUACUCACCAACAGUGCUACGGGAUCAUCAUACUGAUUAACAUAUUUUUUACAAUCUCUAAAAUAUGACUAUGGAGGUAGAAGACCCUUCAUCAGAUGACCAAACGGUAGAGUCCGACAUGCAAAGAGACAGUAUCUUGAAUUUCCUUACCCUCAACGAAGAGAUCUGUUUCAAAAAUCAGCAAAAAUGGGAGCCCGAUUUGACGACGAAAGAAAAGUACGACAUAGCUUUGAACGUGUUUCGAAACAGCAAACUAAAUUUUCUGUUGAGGUUUGGAAAAUACUUGAACCAGGAGCAUCUGACUUACUUCAGGAGGUUCACAGAACAUGGUGAACCAGAUUGUGCAGAAAUAGAGCUAGUUCUAGGUGACCUGUCGAAAAUUUGCUCCUCAAACUCCAACAACAAGUUGGUGAAGAAUAGGAGAUACGAGGCCAUGAAACAAAUGAUUCAAGAUGACCUGUAUUUCAGUGAAAUAGAAAUGAUGAAAAGAAAUCCGUUGUUGUAUGAACAGUUGGUAGGUCAGUACCUCACAGAUGACGAAAUUAGGGAAAGGGAUAAGUACAAAAUGGACGACCAAGUGACAUUUGUGAAGAUUCUGAUGGAGGGCAUUGAGAGAGAUAAUGCGGAAGCGUACAGGAAACUUCAAGCGGAAUCCGAGGACAAUCAAAUGGAAGAAGAAGAUUCUGACGAUGAUGAAGAUGAAGAAGAUAGAGAGAGAAAAAAUACCCCAAGUCCGAUACCGUCAUGUUCAAAAUGGGGCGAAUUUGAUGUGAAAGAUGAGUACCAUGUACCCAGAAGUGGGCCUAAGAGACCUCAGCAUUGUACUGCUAUAACUGCUCAAGAGAGACUACUUUUGAGGGAAGAGUUUGUGUCAUCCAUGUACCAGAGCUUUUUGGACGGGAAAGAUGAUUUCGACUACAGAAGAAUUGAUAACGAUUCCUCAUUGGAUAAUGCGGAUGAGCUGGAUCAUGAUGCCGAAGAUAAAUAUUUUGAAUCGGAGGAAGCUGAAGAAUGUGAUAUGCAAAGAGAAGAUGAAAGCUCUGAAGAUGAGUUUGAUAUGUUUAUGAAUCAUAUUAAUCAACACCCUGCUGUGUCGGAGCUUACUAGAAAUAUGAAAAAUAGCAAUAUAUGAAAAUAAAUUGUUCGACCGUU